GUUUAGUUAAGAACUCUUAUAACUUUUUCGUUAGAGCAUUUUUUGUUACAAUGACGACGAUGUCUGAUCUUGACGAAAAUAUGGUAGCUGAGAUACUUUGCAGGACUCCGAUGACAUGUCUGAAAACAGUGCGAUCUAUUUGCAAAAAGUGGAAUACUUUAUCCAAAAAAUGGGUUUACUUUGGUAAAGCGAAGCAGUUUCUUGGAUUCAUGAUGAUGGAUUCAAGGGUUUGUUCCUUGAGAUUCGAUCUCCGCAACGACAGCUUCGAGCCACCAUCUAUAAAGCAGAUAAGUAUACUUGAUCAAAUCGAGGUAUCUAAAAUCUUUCACUGCGACGGUUUAUUGUUAUGCGUAAUCAAAGAUGACACGAAUAAGCUCUUGGUCUGGAAUCCUUAUUUGGGGCAAACGAGGUGGAUCCAACCCAGACAGAGUUUCCACAGAUUAGACAGUUAUGCUCUUGGACAUGACAACAACCGUAACCACAAAAUCUUGAGGUUUGUGGAUGAUAUCUUACCUGUCAAAAACGUGGUUUUCGGGUACGAAAUCUACGAUUUUAGCCUUGAUGCAUGGACGGUUCUUGAUGUCACUCCCGACUGGCACAUAGAGUUUUUUCAACGUGGCGUGUCUCUCAAGGGAAACACUUACUUUUUCGCUAAACAGAGAUUAAUAUUUGAAGGAGAGGGACCUGUAGACAUAGAUAUAACAGAGACCGAAGACUUUUUACUCUGUUUUGAUUUUACUGCUGAGAGAUUUGGACCGCGUCUUCCUCUUCCUUUUCACUCUUAUUUCGACGAGACUGUGACUCUAUCUUGUGUUAAAGAAGAUCAGCUCUCCAUCUUAUACCAGCCCUUGGUGCCAUAUGAGAUCAUGGAGAUUUGGGUUUCCACUAAUAUUGAGCCCAAUGCAGUGUCCUGGAGCAAGUUUUUGAAAGUGGAUAUGAGACCACUCACUGGUUUUCAGUUUGACGUUAUGGCUGGGAGUUUCUUCAUUGACCAGGAGAACAAAGUCGCCGUGGUUUUUGAUCUUGACCCAUAUCCACAAUCCGAGACUCGUCGCUACCAAACAGCUUACAUCGUUGGACAAGAUGGUGGAUACUUCAAAUCUGUUGAUAUCGGAGAAGCUCCAAAUAUCAUGACACGUGACAGCUACGGAUAUAUUGGCCCCAUGUAUUGUGUCCCGCUUGUGUGCUCCUCUUAUGUUCCAAGUUUAGUGCAGAUAGAUUAGCUAGUUUCAUUUUUUUAUAAUUUUGUUUCUUGCCUCUACUUUUACUUUCUUUCGUUUUUAAAAUUUCAUGUCCUUUUGAACAAGACUGCUGUCUACUGCGGCUAAUUAAUUCCUCCUAAUCUGUUUUUGCUAUUUU